AUCGAACAAAGGAAGGGAAGGACCGGCCUUCCUUCCGCCGUGUUUUUUCGUCCACGGUAGCGACGCGAGCAUGGCCACGGCUCGUCACAGUCGCGACCCAGAAGUCCGAGGACGCGGACGUGACAUCUCCGAGACAGUGGCAGUUCCAACAGUUCAAACGUUCCCGCCAGCAGUGGAAAAAACGUGCCGUGCUCCGUGUUGUUUUUAUUGGUCGAUUAACUAGAUCGCUCCGCCAAUGAUAGACGCGUGGGUGGGGCUUACGGUCGAAAAAUAAUAAACAAACAGCUGACCGCUUAAUGAGCCCGGUGAACGUUUCAGUGUCAUAUUUUUUCGAAACGACUCAUUGACCAUGACCGCCCCCACCAGCAAGAGAGCAAUGCGCCAACUUUCAGUGCGGGAAAAGAUAGACGCGGUGCAGCGCGUGCACGAGGGUGAGAGCAAGGCCUCCGUCGCCCGUCAGAUCGGCGUUCCGGAGUCUACCCUCCGAGGCUGGUGCAAGAACGAGAUGAAACUGAAGACCAUGGACAAGAGUGGAUGCAGUCAGUCGCCCUCGCCCUCACCACCCCUCGAGAAGCGGCCUCGGGUCGACGGAGGCUCCGAUAACGACUUUGACGAUUCCGUGUGGUUCUGGAUCAGGAAUCAGCAAAAACACGAAGAAAGCCAAAGGGUGAUUAACAACAACAACCACCAUCAGUCGUCCUGGUUCUGGAAGUGGUACAAGGAAGUCGGCGUUCAACAGCAGCCAUCAGCGUUCGCCCUGUUACACAACCCUGACGAGCCCCUGCCCCUGGUCAAGAGGAAGGAGAGUAAGGAUGUCCAAUUGCCGUUGUCACUGUCAUCCCCUGUGCUGGUGGACAGUAACAAGGAGACUGAGGCCAAAGAGAAUACGCUGUCUGAGGAUGAGGAUGAGCCACCUGCCACUGCUGCCGACGCACUCAAGCACGGUGAACGCUUCCUGCGCUGGCUCGAGUGCUGCUCUGAUCCCAGCAUCACCGCCAUGCAGCUGCUGCAGUUCAGGUACCUGCUGAACAAUGUCAAGAGCUGUGCACAACGUCGAGCAGCCAACAAAACCAGGUCAACUCGCUCAAGACGGAAAUAGUGCUCCAGUACCAUUGUAUAUAAGCGGUUUGCUCAUGGCCAAAGUCAUCACUGAUGAGCAACAAGUUCCGACAAUUUCCACUAUAGUUGCAUUUUAGUUGAUUACAAGACUGUUAAUUUUGUUGUUCCUGGUAGAGAAAGGUGUUGAUUUCUCGAAUUUAUUAUAUUUUCAAUCACAUUUAUUUGCUCACUUUAUUGAUUUAUAUUAUACUAUAAAAAAAGAAAUGUGAUAAUAUAAUUGUAUGUAUAUUAGUAGCGUAGGGAAAUUCCUAUUGAUUAUUUCUUAGUUGUAGUCAUGUGUGAUCUGUUGUUUAGUUUUGUUAUAUUAUACCUGGUCUAAGUUGCACAAACACUUAAUUUUAAUGUUCUCAGUGUUUGAUGUGCAUAAGUGAACAUUUACCAAGGUAUAAAAAACACCAUUUUCAAUGAGACAGUUAAGUGAUAAGUCGGGAGAAGAUCGGUGCUCACCAUUAUGUGAGGGCUGUUGAGCGGUUUGUACACGACGUGGUCGGAGACGAACGCUGCGCAACCCUGCCAAGUGUGCAACUCCGGGUAGCAGAGCUUCGUCGGCCGAAUUGUAGUCGAUACCAUCUUCUGGAAACAUACGAAUUAAAUGUGCAUAGUAUGUGAUGUCGCCAUUCAAUCCUAUAUUUUUGUACAAUGUCUCCUAUGUAAAUAAAAAAAAAGUUAUUUGUCUGUAUUUUCAGUUCCAAUAUUUACAAUGUUAAGGCUGUUCAUUAGACAAAAUCAAAUUAGUGACAUUACGGUGUUGUACAAUGAAAUUUUUAUAACAUUUUGUUAAGUGAGUUAUGUUUUUUAUAGUUUUACGAAUAGUUAAUAGCACCGGUAAGAACUGACCUACCUGUAAAUGUCAUAGAUUAACAAUGUACCGUAUUUAUCAGUGUAGACAACCAAAGUGUUAUCACUAGA